AUGUCCAGCUCAAACGGGUCCGACGAAUUCGAUGAGAUUAUCUACCCUCGUGACGAGUAUCCAUCCUGGGCACAGACGACAUACUAUUACCCUGGCCUCCUCCAGUCGCACAGCCGCGAGUACCGGAUCCUGUUUGCAGCCCAAUGUGCAAGCCGCAAAGUCGCUCGUGCAAUGACCUUGGACGGCGCAGGGUUUCGAAACCACGUUGAUGAGCAUGAUUACGCCCUCAGCAUCGUGGACAUCAUACUGCAGCGAAUCGAAGAGGAGAGGGAUGAGUGCUUGACCACGCGGCGACCGUGUACGAAGACUGUCGCAUCAUGGCGCUCAUGGGUUCGCGACACUGCUUACUACGUGGACGAUGAAGUUUUGGAGAAGCAUGUGCCAGGUGUGGCCAAAGUGCUUGAUGGCUGGAACAGAACGGCUCGCGCGGACUUUGUCCUCGCAUGCGCUGACCAGCACUGGUGCACGACUGACUCGGUUGAGAUCAACAACGGCCGAAUUGCCUGGGACAAUUACGCUGCCAUCGUCGAGUCGUACCAGCCCGGUGAAGUCGAGAAGAGCAGGCUCUAUUCCAUCACCACCUUCGACCCCGCCACUUUCACAUCGACGUGCCAGUUCGUGACCUGGGACGGCCGCGAGGUUCCCGAUCCCACCGCGAUGCCCUGCGCUUUCCCGGGACGGAGCGGCCAAGACUCGGCGCGGCCGGCGUGGACCGGGUGUAGGCGGCCCCCGAACCGUCUCUCUCUCGUCUGA